AUGGACUGGGUUCGUGGGAAGUGCUUGGGGAAAAGAUCCUACGGCUCUAUCUUCUUGGCCAUACCGACCAACAUUAUUUCCCCUCCUCUUGCUGUGAAGUCUGCGCUGAUAAUAGAUUCUUUCUCUCUGCAGAAAGAAUUGAAGAUUUUGCUUAGUCUUUUUGGCUCUGAAGGAUUUAUUCAAUGCUAUAGAGACUGUUUGAGUCAUGAGAAUGGUAUGACAAUUUAUAACUUACUACUGGAAUAUGCUCCUGGUGGUAGCCUUGUAGACUUGAUAAACAAAUAUGAGAGAAAAAUACUUAAAUGUGAUGUGAGGUUAUACACUCAGACGAUUCUUAAAGAGUUAUCAUCCAUACAUAAUAAUAGAUAUGUUCAUUGUGAUCUUAAGCCUACCAAUAUCCUUGUUUUCCUUUUUGAUCAACAAGAAUUAAGCCAACUCAAGAUUACAGAUUUUGGCUUAGCAAAAGAGCCUGAUGAAGACGAUUCAAGGAAAUUCUUUUACCAGUACACUUUCCGUGGAACUCCCUUGUACAUGUCUCUUGAAUUUGUAAAGCUUAUUGAGAUAUCACCAGCUUUAAAUAUUUGA